AUGAUGCCUUACUUGACGCCUCCACUAUCGAAUUCAUCUCUCGGUACAACUUUGGAGAUGGUUUCGUCAGCUGGGCUACAAAUGCUACACCAACCACAACUACAACAACAACAGCAGCAGCAGCAACAACAACAGGGAAGCCAACAGCACCAAACGCAGUAUGCUCAAGCACAGAAACAGCCGUAUUUUCCUCUGGCUGGCGAUGGGGCGCAGCAACCAACACCUCCUUUGAUGCCACUGCCAACUGCAGGCGUGAACGCAUCUUCCGCCAUGGGUGAUACCGGCAUAUACCGAUACCAUAAGCAAAUCAGCAAGUCGUUCCAAGAUGAUUUGAUCUACUGUCCUAGGACGUUGCUGAACAAAGAGGAACUAAACCAGUGCUACCAAAUGGAUAUGCUAAUGAUGAUGGAAAUGCAGCAGCAACUACAACAACUGCCCCAGCACGUUCAGCAGCUAUCUCACCCGCAGCAGCAGCAGCAGCAACUGCUGGCAGGUUCAGCUACCUCUGGUGCAGCUCCUCAGGGUCUACAGAGCAUCAAGUUUAACCCAUAUACCUCUCAGAGCUUCAAUCCUUCAGGUGCAACUUCACCAAGUUCGUAA